AAACAUAUCGGUGUUUGACAGUUAACUGUCACAGCAUUUACGAACGUUUCAGCCCUCAAAGUUAGCAAACAGAGAUCCAUUUUACUGAUAACACGUAAUAAACGACCAUUUCGCUCUGCAUUUACAUUUGCUAUCUCGGCAAAACCGGUCGGUGGUGGUAGCAUUAACCCCAAACAUAAAAAAUUAUUUUUACGGCCAAUUUUCGACUGCUAAAAUUAAGUGUUGAACGCUGUUUGGCUUAGCUACAACGGCUCUGUGACCGCACGCACGCACCACGGCUAGCCUGUUAGCUACAAAACUUAGCACGCCUUUAACAGUGUUAGCCUUUCCUCAAAUCUCUUGAGAGUAAUAAAAGGUUUUUAGCGGCUGAUGAAUGUAGGGAAAUAUGCAUCCUGGUUGCCUGCUUGUGAGCUUCUAUGUAAGCAGCUGGCAUACGGAGAGCUUGGCGAAUGACUGAGCGCCGGCGGAGUAUGGGAUCCUUGGUGUCUUAAGAAGCGACUGAAGUGGGGUAUAACCGUUUUUGCAUGCAAAAACAAUGGCAAAUUCGACGGGGAAAAAUCUACUAGAUCAGCGAAGGAAAGGACAGGCUUUCCUGGACGAGCUGCGGCAAUUUCACCAAAGCAGAGGAUCGCCGUUCAAGAAGAUUCCUAUCGUGGGUGGGAAAGAGCUGGAUCUGAAUGCUCUCUAUAUCAGAGUCGUCUCUUUAGGUGGCUUUGCUAAGGUAUCUGACAAAAACCAAUGGAUUGAACUUGGAGAGGAGUUUAACUUUCCGAGGAGUUGUUCCAACGCUGCAUUCGCUUUAAAACAGUACUACCUUCGAUACUUGGAGAAGUAUGAGAAAGUCCACCACUUCGGCGAGGAUGACGAGGAAGCGCAGCCGGGGAAUCCCAAAGCCUCUCUUCCAAUCGGUGCAAUUCCCAACUCUUAUAACUACCAGCAACACAUUGUAUCAGACUAUCUCCGCCAAAGCUAUGGACUGUCUACGGACUUCGUUCCACCGUGUGACUACAACAAACUGGUGCUGUCUCUCCUUUCGGGCCUACCCAACGAAGUGGACUUUGCAGUUAACGUUUGCACGCUGCUUUCCAACGAGAGCAAGCACGCCAUGCAGCUGGACAAGGACCCCAAACUGGUCACGUUGCUUCUGGCACACGCCGGCGUCUUCGAUGACUCGCUAGGCAGCUUCUCCGGGGUGUUUGGGACGGACUGGAAGGAGAAAACCUCCCGAGACUUCGUCAGGUUCUGGAAAGAGGUGGUGGAGGACGCUGAAGUCAGGGAGCUGAUCUGGGACAAGAGCAACCCAGCACAAGACGGUACGUCGUGCGCAGAGCGCUGGCAGAGCCUCUUCCACCCUCCGCGAACCGCGGGCAUCAGCGACAUGGAGGCCCAGCGGGUGCUGCAGAUUGCCGUCAUCCUGCGUAACCUCUCCUUCGAGGAGGCCAACGUCAAGCUGCUGGCGGCCAACCGAACGUGCCUGCGCUUCCUUUUGCUCUGCGCCCACUGUAACCUCAUCUCACUCCGACAGCUCGGACUGGACACUUUGGGCAAUGUGGCUGCCGAGCUCCAGCUGGAUCCUGUUGACUUUCGGACGACACAUCUGAUCUUUCACACGAUCACUAAAUGCUUGAUGUCCAGGGACAGGUUUCUCAAAAUGAGAGCCAUGGAGAUCCUGGGUAACCUCAGCAAAGUGGAGGACAAUGGUGUGCUAAUCUGUGAGUACGUGGACCAGGACUCGUACAGGGAGGUCAUGUUGCUCCUCACCCUGCCGGACCUCAUGCUCCUCAUGGCCUCCUUGGAGGUGCUAUACCUGCUGGCACAGCUCGGAGAGAUCCCAUGCAGCAAGAUCGCCUUCGUUGACCACAGCAUAGACUUGUUGGUUCGGUUAGUAUCUGUAGACCUUCAUACGUUUGGACCUGACGCCCUAACAGCGGUGCGGUUGAUUGAGCAUCAGGCGAACGCCGACCAGGCAGCUGAGGUCCGACCACAGCUGGUCGAGCAGGUACCCGCGGCCGUGCAGGGAGCGCCAGCACCAGUAACAAGAGUUCCAGUUCAAUCCUCUCAACCACCGCCUGGCAUUCUUGAACUGGACGGGGAGAAGUUUACACUGCAGUGGCUAAAUGCACACUUUGAGACAAACCCCGAGGGCUCCGUGUCUCGAUCUGAAAUGUACUCCGAGUACCUGGCCACAUGCAGUAAAAUGGGCCGCAGCAACAUCUUGAACUCCACCGGCUUUCUCAAAUGCCUGCGGACUGUGUUCCCCAACCACACGAUGCGGAGGCAAGAAGAGCCAAAGGCCAACGGGCAAGUUCAGAUCCUCCUGGUGGGGCUAAGGCGGCGGUCGAUCCCCCUGCCCAUCCAGCUGUACUACCAGCAGCCUCAGCAGCAGCAACAGCAGGUUCCAGCAGCAGCAGCAGCAUCGGCACCACCACCUCCAGCAGCCCGACACGAUGCACCUGGAGACCCUCAGGCCCCACCCCCAGGCUUACCUCCCGGGCCCCAGUUCGUCCGGCCUCCAGGCCCCAGCCUCAACCCUGGUGUUUCCACCCCAUCCAUAGCACAGGAACCUCCCCACGCAAGCCACCCGACUGUUCCCCGACACCCGGUGCCCCCGCAGGUGCCUCCACAGAUGCCACCAAAUCCUCUGGCAGCACUGCAGCCACAGCAGCAGCAACAGCAGGUCCGGCCUGGUCCAGUGGUCCAGGUUCCAACAUCAACACCGGCCACCCAGAACCACGCCCCUCAAAACCCCGCCCCUCCAGCAGCGGCUCAGCAACAACAGCAGCAGCAACACUCCCCCAUGCUCCCCACGGGGGCACCCGUCACGCUAUUUCAGCAGGUACCACAGGGCCACAUCCUCACCGCCAGGGUACAAGGCGUGACUCAGCACCCACCCCUGCCUCAAACCCCUCCUCUGUCUGGGCCUCAGGGUGGAGCUCUCCAGGUAGAACCUCAGUGUGCUGCUGCUGCUGCUGCUGCAUCCAUACCCGCCUCCCAGGGGUCACGAGUCACUUUUCAGAAUAUCGCCCCCAAACCAGCUCCAAACCAGUCAGGUGGACCAGCAGCCACGAUAGCUACUCCCAACCAGCAGCCUCAGCAGCAGGCGCAGAGUGUAGUAAUAGUCAGUCCCAACCCCCAGCAGAGCCCAGCCUACACCCCUGCCAUCCAUCAGAUUGUUCUCGCCAACCCCUCUGCCAUCCCUGGCACCCAAACUAUCCAGCUAGCAGGGCAACCCGGGGCUUCUUCCAAUCCCUGCCCACCUCCCACCUCUCACUCCAACACCCAGGUCCAGCCCAGUCAAACUGUCAGCCACGCACUGUCCAUGAAACGGCUUCAGCAGCAGCAACAGCAUCAACAGCAGCACCAACAACAGCCACCUCUCCAGCUUAUUUCCCAGCCUCCUUCCUCUCAGCCUACCUCCACUGAGUCCAGCUUGAUCAAACAGCUACUGCUUCCAAAGCGGGGGCCUUCUACUCCAGGAGGAAAGCUAAUCCUACCUGCUCCACAGGUGCCCCCUCCCAACAACACAAUAACCCCCAGUUCACCGGUCAUCUAUCAGACAGGCUACAGCACCCAAAAUCCUUCAUCUCAACCUCAACAGCUCAAUGUUCAGCUAGUUCCCGGUCAGCUUCCAGCUGUUGGAGCUCCGGGCCUCCAGACAGUUCAGCUUUUGCCAGGCCAGCUUAUUUCUGCAAGCAGUUCAGGGGGAGCUACUAUCAUUCAGGGCCCUGCCCCUCCUGGACAAGUCACGUUCACCGUGGUCCCCAACACUGGCUUCACCACUUCUACUGCUGCUGUUGCUGCUGUCAGCCAGGGAGCUGUGGCCCCAGGCGUCCCUCCUCCAUUCUCGACUGGAACUGUGCCCCAACACGCCCCGGCAGCUCCUCCACCUCCGCCGCCGCCCCCACCACCACCACCGCCACUGCCAGCUCCACUCAGAGGAGACAAAAUCAUUUGUCAAAAGGAGGAGGAGGCCAAAGACGCCACAGGGCUGCACGUCCACGAGAGGAAGAUAGAGGUGAUGGAGAACUCCUCGUUGGCAGAAGGAGACGCCUCCAAGGGGAAAACCAGUAACGGUGACGUUGCGGAAGGUGCCAAGCUGCUAAAUGGUCGGAAGUGCAUGGAGUCGAAUCUACCUCCAUACCACUCAGGGAACAGCCAGGGAGCACUCAAUGGCCCUGCUACGGAGAGUCACCCUGCUAACGGGAAGCAGGCUCUCUCUCCAGGCCCAAACACCCCUCCUGAGGGAACCCCCGACCCCAAAAAGACUCUUGUCAAUGGGGUGUGUGACUUUGAUCGUAGUGACAGUGGCGGCAACUUUAACAAAAACAUUCCAAAUCAUAUCGCUUCCAAACAGUACUGGGGGAAUGGGGAGGUGGGCCCCUCUGAGAAAGCCAACAGCUCAGAUCCCCCUCUUCCUAGUCCUCCUCCACCGCAGCAGGACACUGCCAAAGCCCAGCAGGCUGAGCGCCUGGCCAACGGACCCCAGGCAAUAGGCAACAGGCCCCCCUCGGAAUUAACCAAUGGACCUUUGGGGCCGGCCCAUGCUGCGCCUGUGCUAAGACAGCAACUGCUCCCCAAUUCAUCCCUCCCUCCCUCUGUUACUGUUACCUCCCAGAGUCUCGCAGCCUCUCCUGCUAAUGGGGUGGCCCCCGAGGCUCGAGGCCUCAAGAGGCCGGCUGAGAACGAGGACCGCAGCGCGACAACGGCAUCCUCGGGGAUCCCCAACAAAGUGGGAGUGCGCAUCAUCACCAUCAGUGACCCCAACAACGCCGGCAGCAGCGCCACGAUGGUGGCGGUGCCAGCAGGAACAGACCCAAGCACAGUAGCCAAAGUAGCAAUAGAGAACGCCACUCAGCAGAGGAACUGCUCGCCUACACAGGCAGCUGGUACAACGCCUGCUGUUAUCCCGUCCCCGCCCCCCACGUCCCAGCCCGUACCAGCGGGUAACCACAGCCCUCACCUCCCAGCGCAGCAAGCCUCUGCAGUGCCCCCAGAGCAAA